CUCCGAUGAGUAGAGAGAGACGGGAGAAGAGAGCUGGGGAGCAACUAACAUACCCACAGUAUCUCAUCACUUGCUCUCUGGAAAUGCUUCAGAUGGGCUCCUUAUAGUAGCUCCAAAAACGUUGCAGAAAUGCAAUUCCUGCCGCCGCCAUUCAGACAUCCUGUGCGUCCUCAGAGUGCCAGCUGAGCUCCGGAGAAACUUGGACCAAAUGGGAUGCGCGUAUUUUGGCAGGGACCAUGCUGUUUGGUUGUUAUUUUGUUGUUGUUUUUGUUAAGUGUCUUUCACGGAAUGAAGAUGGCCAUACGGAGUGAGAGUCUUCAUUUGAGAGCUUUGUCUUAAAAAAAAAAAAAAAAAACAGCACCCGAUCUAAGACGAACUCCUUCACUACCGUCCUCACUAGAACGGAGAGCUGUCCGUGUUCCAAGAUCCACCAGACGACGGGUUGGUCGCAGGAUCCCCUGAAUUUAAUGAAGAAAGUUCUCCUUUUCAGCCCAGUGGAUUUUUAAGUGGUUCAUUGACGGAUGUUGGAAGGUUGGAGACCUGCCUUUGUGGACAUAUAAGCUGCGGAAGAUCUGCCAUAAACGCUUACGCAUAAGUCUCCGGCUCAGGCUGAUCUUCUGAUGACCUAAUGGAACUGAAUUUACAAGUAGUAUUGUUUUGGGUCGUGGCGCUGCACUGUGGCUCUGUCGACGGCAGUAUCCUCUACAGAGUCCAGGAGGAGCAGCCCCCAAACACUCUCAUAGGCAGCCUGGCAGCAGACCAGGGGCUGCCUGAUUCGGGUCACCUCUACAAGCUAGAGGUGGGUGCCCCUUACCUUCGAGUUGAUGGGAAGACAGGAGACAUUUUCACGACAGAGAUUCCUAUAGACAGAGAGACCCUCCGGGACUGUCGGUCCCUGGCUAAGGGCAAGCCAUGCUACUUGGAAUUUGAAGUAUCGGUGACAGAUCUGAUACAGAACCAGAGCCCACGACUUAUUGAAGGACGCAUUGAAGUACAGGACAUCAAUGACAACACCCCGCAAUUUCCCUCUUCUGUGCUCACCAUCUCUGUACCUGAGAACACAAUCAUGGGGGCAUUAUUCUCCAUACCUCUAGCCACUGACAGGGACUCUGAGAGGAAUGGAGUGGCUGACUAUGCGCUGACUGCAGGCCCAGAUGCAGCAACCCUAUUUGGUUUACAAGUGGCUGAUGACAGGGGAGGAAAACUCCCACAGCUCAUCGUCCUCGGCAAUUUGGACCGCGAGUUAAAGGAUUCUUAUGACCUCACCAUCAAGGCGGUGGAUGGAGGGAACCCUCAGCGCUACAGCAGUGCUCUGCUUAGAGUGGUUGUGACCGACGCUAAUGAUAACUCCCCUAAGUUUGAAAAGUCCUCAUAUGAUGCAGAAGUUUCAGAAAACAGUCCAGUCGGACACUCUGUGUUACAGGUCAAAGCAAAUGACUCUGACAUGGGCCCUAAUGGAGAAAUUGAGUACACCAUUCACCAAGCAGUCGACCCAGUUCCAAAACUCCUACGAAUUGAUCGGUCUACUGGCAUAAUCUAUGUCAAGGGACCACUGGACAGAGAGGAAAUCAGCAGCCUGUCCUUCUAUGUAGUGGCAAGGGAUAAGGGUCCUCAACCUAAGAGCUCUAAGACAUUUGUAACUAUUGAGGUGACUGAUCAAAAUGACAAUGCUCCUGCAGUGGAGAUUCGUGGAAUUGGUCUUGUGACUCACAGUGAAGGAGUUGCUAAUAUUUCAGAGGACAUGCCAGUGGGGACAGCUGUUGCUUUGGUGCAAGUAUCUGACAAAGACGAAGGCGAGAACGCUGUGGUUACUUGCGUGGUAGCUGGCGAUGUGCCCUUUCAGCUACGUCCUGCCAGUGACUCUCCCACUGACAACAAGAGAAAAUAUUUUCUUCAGACAACUACACCACUUGACUUUGAGAGAGUCAGGGAGUACAGAGUAGAAAUUGUCGCAGUGGAUUCUGGAAACCCAGCACUGUCCAGUACAAAUUCCCUUAAAGUACAGGUGACUGAUGUGAAUGACAACUCUCCAAUAUUCUCCCCAACAUUGUUUGAGGUUGACUUUGCUGAAGAAAACCAACCAGGAGAGAGGAUUCUGGACGUCACUGCUACAGACGCUGACAGUGGCACUAAUGCCCAACUCCUGUAUAAUAUUGUGGCAGAUUCAACCAUCAAAGGUUUGUUUGAAAUUGACCCCAACUCAGGUGAAGUAAGAGCUCGAAGCCCGCUGGAUCGUGAACAUAAAGAGCGGUAUGAAUUCCGGGUCACAGCAGCAGAUAAAGGUUCACCAGUCCAUAAAGGAACAGCAACGGUCGUAGUAAAAGUCCUUGACCGCAAUGACAAUGAGCCAAAGUUCAUGCUUAGUGGCUACAGCUUUUCAGUACUGGAAAACAUGCCUCCCCUAAGUCCUGUUGGCAUGGUGACAGUUCAAGAUAUGGACAAAGGCGAGAAUGCUCGAGUUCACCUCUCUGUAGAACCUGAUGGAGGGAAGUUUGUAGUUCAGAAUGGAACAGGUACUAUCCUCUCAAGCAUCUCAUUCGACAGAGAAAAAGAAAGUAGCUAUACUUUCCGUUUAAAGGCAGUGGAUGGUGGAGAACCGCCUAAGUCCUCCUAUGUUGGUGUCACCAUCAAUGUACUGGAUGAAAAUGAUAAUGACCCUGUAAUCACGAAGCCCUCUAAUUCGUCCUUCAGGCGGUUAUCACCUCUAGCAUCCCCAGACAGCCAUGUUGAUGUAGUGGAGGCUGAAGACCUUGACAGUGGGCCAAAUGCAGAGCUAGUUUACCAUAUUGCUGGAGGAAACCCUUACCAAUUAUUCCGCAUCUCUCCCACAACCGGAGAGAUCACUCUAGCAAAGGAGAUGACCCGCAAACAUGGGGGACUGCAUCGUCUGGUGGUGCGAGUGAGUGACAGAGGAAAGCCUCCACGCCAUGCCACAGCCCUGGUUCACAUCUAUGUCAAUGAAACAAUUUCAAAUGUCAGCUUAGUGGAAGCCUUAGUUGGACACAGUCUUUACACUCCACUAGACAGGGACAUCGCCGGUGAUCCUGACAAUGGGUUUGCUGCACAUCGCAGUAACAUUUUGUUUGGAAGCCUUGCAGGUGUGGCAGGAGUUGUAAUGUUGAUCUUGGUGGUGGUAUUUAUUCGCCACCGCAUCCAAAGAGAAACAAAGAGUGGUUACCAGCCAGGUAAAAAAGAAACAAAGGACCUCUAUGCCCCCAAGCAGGCACCAAAGAAUGCCAAAUGCAAACGAGGAAGAAAAGGCAAGCCUCAAAAGUCCCCAAAGCCGCUUGGGGAAAAUGAGGAAGUCAGCCUUCAAAAGAGUCUGAAAUUUAACCUUGAUGGAGUCAACGAUAGCCCCCGAAUACACCUGCCCUUAACAUAUUCACCGGGAAGCCCCGACAUUGGCAGGCAUUACCGCUCCAACUCUCCAUUACCCUCUAUCCAGCUGCAAGCCCAAUCCCCCUCGGCUUCACAGAAGCACCAGGCCGUGCAGGACCUGCCUGCAGCCAACACCUUUGUUGGAACGGGAGGAGAUGACAACUCUACCGGCUCAGACCAGUACUCAGAUUACAGCUACAAGACCAGCCAACCAAAAUAUAACAACAAACAGCAUCCCCAUCGUCGCGUGACCUUUUCUACCACCAACCCUGUGCAGGACCUGCAGGAUGCCUCACAGCACAGCUACUAUGACAGCGGCUUGGAGGAGUCGGAGACCCCCAGCAGCAAGUCUUCAUCUGGUCCUCGCAUUGGACCCCUGACCCUGCCCGAGGACCACUAUGAGAGGACCACCCCAGAUGGCAGCAUUGGAGAAACAGAACAUCCAGAAAACGACAUCCGUUCCCUCCCCGACGUGGCCAUGACCGGAAACUGCACAACCGAGUGCAGUGAAUUGGGUCACUCGGAUGCCUGCUGGAUGCCGGGGCAUCCCUCCCCUGUGAGGAAGACCAGGAACCUCCCCAAGCUCUCCACAUUCGUGCCUUACCAGGAGAGAGGGAGUCUGGGACGCCUGGCCAAUGGCAGCGCCAGGCUGGGUGGCGAGGAGCACCGGUCGCGCCUUCCGCCCUCCCGCAGUGCCUAUUCCAGCAGCGGCCAGGACGCCGUUCAGGACUGCCCCGUAGAGGAGAUGCCCCUGAGCGUGGCCUCCGAGUUCCCACCCACAUCACCUUCGGCCCACACCCCCAAACGAGAGAUUUACCUGUGAGAAACAUAUCGGUGCACAAACGAAGAAAAGUUACACCUACUUUAGAAGGAGGAAAAAAAAAAAAACUGUCCACACGCUAAGGCCUAUGGCCGAGUUAUAAGUAACGAUCGGCCGUGACUCAUUCAAUCACUGGCAUGAACUCUUGUCAUUUCUGACUCCAAUUAUCAACUCAUCAGCAAAUCUUGGAAUGAUUCCACAAAGUUAAUUGAUGCCCUCCCUAAUUUUUUUUUUUUAUUAUUGAAGCUCUCAAUGGAUACAAUCCAGAAAGUUAGACAAGAACCGUGAGUGGAAAUAGCAACUUUAGCAGUGACUAAUUCUUGUUGUAGUUAGGCAAGGCCCAGUCUGUGAAGUGAGUUCUUGAAAGUUGUGAUCAGUGCUCUUGUGCCAUUUCUAGGUAUUAUUUGAUAGACAGCUAAUGUGGCCGCGUCAGAAGGCAUACAACUUGAGACCAGGAGUUAGAUCAAAUGGUCGUUCUUAAUGUACAGAGCUGUAAAUACAUUUGAAUGGUGUGUUCUACAUAUAGUUUUGUCUGGCAUAAUCUGCGAAGAAUGCCUCUGAAUUUUAGCAUAUUUAAGCUUUUUUCUUUACUGCUGCUGUUUAAACUUGACUGAAACCAUCAAAAGGGUUGCGAUAUUGUGGAAAGCAUUUACCUGCUCCUCAGUAUCGCUGUGGCGCGUGCCCGCACACGCACACACACAGACACACACACACACACCUUUGACCCCUAAUCAUAGUAGAAUGGCCUUUACCUCUGCUCCCUGUAGAGCUCUGCCACUGCUACAGAGAGCUGUGUGGCAGCAUUUAAAGCGACAUUAUGUCCCACUGACUCGCAGCACUGUGACCUGUCGUUCAUCAUGAAAACGGUUGACUUGGCCACAGCACCCGGAGGGUCACGAUGACCAAACGCAGAGUGCUCGCCAGACACAUUCUGAUUAGCUUUUUGCUCUCUACUUGAGAUUAUCCCGGUGCACAAGUUGCAGAAAGGUCCGCUCUUUUGAGACAAUCAGAUGGGCUUGACGUGCAAGACACAAUUUGUUCUUAUUCCUUUUCCCCUCGAAGCUCACAGGAACUGGCAAGGAUCUAAUAGAUGCCUAAGGAUCUAAGGGCACUUGAGAGUUGAAGGCGACAAGGGUUAUAGUUACCUAUGGAAGAUAAUAUGCUACUGAUGUAAAGUAGAUAGAUGUUCCAAAUGCAGACCAUUUUUGUCUAAAGGUAUCAAAUCACAAUAGAUAACCCUGUCUUGAGUGGGGAAUUUAAUACAUAAUUUAUUGCACUGAGUAUAAAUGUAUCAAUGUGAUUGAAUUUCAAAUUAGCCUUUGAUUCCUGAGCAUUCAAUGCAAAGCUGUUCACAGAUUUAAACUUAUUUUCACAUUUGUCACAUUACAACCACAAACCUUGAUGUACCUCUUUGGGAUUUUUUGUAAUAGAUCAAUCAGUGAAUUAAAAUGCUGCGCACAAUGGAAUAUCAACUCUGCACACUAUUCGCACAGUCCCCACAGUGAAGCAUGGAAGCAUGCCAGAUGUUGCUUAUUUUUAGCUACUUCGAUCUUUCGAUCAAAUUUGACCAGUUUUUGUGUCCCUGUUGUUGAAGAAAAGUAUCCCCAAAUUGAAAUAUAGUUGUUGCAGCAUUAGCUGUGAGGAUGCUAUUCUUCAGCAGGUUACAGGGAAGUUGGUCAGAGUGGGUUGGACGGGAAGCUGUGCAAGGGGUAAUAACAAGUAAGUAAUGGGUAGAAAAGCUAAUUUACAAGAAGAAAGUCUCUAGAUGUGGAAAACUGGUAGAGACAUACCCCACAAAGUUCUGGCUCACAGAACUUCUCAGACAUUUAUUCCUAAGAAUUUUGAAAACCUUGUAUCUGUGGUCUGCCACUUCACCGUUAUAUGCUACAAUGUGUUGCUCUGUUACCUUGAAACCCAAUGAAACAUAUUUCAGUUUGUGGUUGUAUCAUUAAAAAGAUAAGUUUACAGUAAGCAUACUUUUGGAAGGCAUUGAACAACAACGAGUGGAACGUAAACAGAAAUUUCAAGUGUAGGAUGGAGGCUCGGUUUAUGGCAUUGUGGUUAAUUAAGUAGAGGUUUAUUUUAAUAAGUUAUUAGGUAUUUUCAUUCUCUGACUCCUGAACAGAGAAUAAAAAUAGGGCGUGCCAGGGGGAUUAAUUUAUCUUUACAAAGAGUGACCAAGUAAAUUUGAAAGAUAUAUAGGAAGGGCACUAUGUAUUAGACGGUAAUUGGAUGCUAAUGAUGACUCCACUAACUUGCGUUAGAACAUCCUAGCGCUAGUUGGUGUCUUUGAUUUAAACAUUGAUUUGAUUAGAUUUGUAGAUACCUUUCACCUCUGCAGACUAUUUCCAUAGCGGGAUUGUGCCUCUGAGUGAGGGUGGAGGAGCCAAGAAUGGACAUUUCCUAAUUAGGGUGAGUAAUGAGUCUUGAGCUGGGGCAUGUGUGAGCGCACCCCCAGGACAAGGCAUCCACCAGACAAUGCAAAUCCACCCACAGAGCUACAACAGUUUAAAGCAGGGGUAUUUUUAACAGCACUUACCUCAUCGCGCUGCCCACUGAAAGCCGCAUUUAGGCCGUUUAAAACAAAACAUAUGGAGAUUACUGGACAUGGCCAUGAUUAAAUAGGCUCAGCAAAUAUCCUGCCUUGAGGGGGAGAAAGCACAUUAUGCCACUUUCAAAGCCAUUUAGCAACCGGAAUAAAAAUUCAAACAACAAGCCAUGAUACACUGUGAUUAACCUCCCUCCCCCCAGCCCUCUCAGAGCCGUGGAUUCACUAACUGAAAGCAGCGGGUAAGAUUGCUGACCUGGAAUUAAUAACAAGUGAGAAAGAUAGCAAUGAGUGAUAAAAUGAAUGUCACAAAGCCUCGGUUGAAAAUUUGUCUAGCUGAAUACUUUCACUCGAUUCGGAUUCACCAACAGGAUUAAAUCUUAUCCCUUUUCCGGCCUAUGUAUCACUAAAAUAAAUCUGGAAAAUGAUCCCCUGAGGUGUCUUUGAUUGUCAAUAUACAAAGGACAGGGGUAACACACAGUCUAUAAAAACACACAAUCUUUAGUUUUUUCUGUCUGACAUUAAGUCGAACAUAACUUUUCCUGUUGUAGGUCGGUUGGGAAAGACAUAAUGCAAGAAUGACGAGAAAGGCAUUUGUUAUUUAUUUAUUUAUUUAUUUUUUUACUUUAUUCAAAUUCUGAUACAGAGUUUACAUACAAAGUUAAUCUAAACCACACUUCUCCCUGGUGUGACUUCAUGAAAAGGUUAGAUAACCAAGAUAUCAGAACAGGAUUGUGGAACCAAAUAUACUGAAGAACAAACAGCAUAGGAAUAACUAGCCAUCAUACCUUCAAGAAAGAUUACAGGUUAUUUGUCCCACAGAGGAACUUGAUUUGAUGCAAAAUAUGCGCAUCAACCUCUAAACGAAGGCAAAGGAACUUAUAAAGAUGCUUACUGGCAAUUGCACACAGGGACAAAAACCUUAAUCUUUGGAGAGAUGUCCUGUGGUCUGAUGAACUGAAAUGAUUAGCCAUAAUGAUCAGGGCUACAUUUGACAAAAAUGGGGGGAAGGGACUUACAAGCCUGUCAAUGCCACCCUAACUGUGAAGUGCUCUUGAUAACAUCAAUGUCAUUCUGAGGAAAGAAAAUCUUGUGGAAAUAUUGAAGCAAUGUCAGCCAGGAAGUUCAAGUCUAGGCACGAAUGGGUUUUCUGAAUGGACAAUGACCUUCUAACUAGACAGCUAAAUUUGUUACAAAGUGGUCUAAGGACCACCAAGCCAGUGGCCAUCGCAAAGCCCUUGUUUCCAUCCCAUAGAAGACUUGUGAGCAGAGCAGAAAAGAUGUGUGUGAGCCAAGAGGCCUGCAAAUCUGAAACAGUUACACAAAUUCGGUCAGAUAGCUUGGGCCAUAUUUGUUUAAACUAGUGUGAGAAGCUUGCAGAACCAUACCCACGUUUAACCAAAGUCAUGCAGUUCAAAAAGUAAGAAUGCAAACUUUGGAUGAUGAACAGAGUUAAAAAAAAAUCUCUAAAAACUCUCAUUAUUAUGUUAUUUAUUCCGGUAGUCCUGACUGACCUAUAACAGGGGAGGUUCAACCUGACUGAAUGUCAAACAAUGAGUACAAAAAGGCUAAAUAAACAUCUGGUUGCUGAGUCAAAUGGAAUAAUAGGAGGUUGGUUAAAAAUAAAAAUAAGCGCCCUUCUCCCUCAUCUGCCUUGAUGAGUGGAAUUCCUUUCCUGCAGCCAAAUUUCACCUCCUGCUGCUCACUUCUGAGAAGAAAAAAAACAACAACAACAUAUCACCAGGCUUGCCCUUUCUUUUGGACUCAAGCUAAAGGAACUGUGUUUGCCUCUCUCUGAAACACAGCUGCUCCUCUUGAUAAAAGUUUGUUGCAAAGCACCUAAAUACACUCAGAAGUGUGUUGGAUAAUGUUUAAUUUGUAUUUUAACAUUGAUUUAAUGUUGGAUUCACUUGAGUAUAUUUUGCCUCUCUGUAAUGUGUAUUGUAUGGUGAUCAUUUCUGUGCACAGAUGGACAAAUUACGGUGACAAAAUUGGCAAAGGCAAUUUGUUUUCCCUUUUUCCUUUUUCGUACUGAUCAAAGACUCUCUGCAAACUGGCUGUGUGAAAAAAAUGAAAUCUGUCGGUGGCGUUAGUGUACAUAGUUCCUCACAACCCCAAGUCUGCUGUUCGGCGGCCGGCGAUUUUAAGCAUGAAUCCCAAAGAUGAUUGGUAGAAACUGUUUACUCGUUUUAGUUUUAUUCGACGUCCCACUCCCCCAGAUGAACUGAAAUCGACUGAACAUUUCAUCUUUUUUCCGCAGUUCAUCUAGUACAAAGACCAUUGCCUUGAAAAUAUGUCUUUGCAAGAGAGAAUCUAGUUGUUAUCCUAAAUGUUGGUAUAUUUAUAUAGGAUAAAAUGCUUGUAAUGCCAUGUUUUUGUACAGUUUUAUGUACAUACAAGUGAAGCUUUCUAAAAGUUCUGAGAAAAGCCGAUGGCAUAUAAAAAUUGUAACAUGUAUUGAGAUGUGCACAUCUUGCCUUGGUUGGAUUGACCUUUGCUGAGUCAGUGUGAAUGUGGCCGUUCUAUGCCUGCACUGUAGUCAUUCACCGGCUCCCACCUCCUGAGGACUUAAUCAGUUUUUUCUGUUUAUUGUGAACAGUGGAUUGUCUUCUCUUACCGGUUUGUUAAACUCCUGUGUUCUGCUUUGUUCUCUUUCCGCAUGUUGGCAAAUUCUCUUGUAAUACUGUAAGUCCUCAUGAACUUUGUAAUAAAAUCACUUCAGGGAAAAAAAAAA